AUGACGAUGGAGGAUCCCGAUAUUAAGAAGUGUAGAUUGAGCUGCGUGACGGUGGAUGACGUCAUCGAGCAAGUGAUGCCUUACAUAUCCGAGUCCAAAGACCGCGACUCCGCUUCCCUGGUGUGCCGGAGAUGGUUCAAGAUUGACUCCGAGACGAGGGAGCACGUGACCAUGGCCCUCUGCUACACGUCGACCCCGGAACGUCUCAGCCGUCGGUUUCCGAACCUGAGGUCGCUCAAGCUCAAAGGGAAGCCUCGAGCCGCCAUGUUCAAUCUGAUCCCUGAGAACUGGGGAGGUUACGUAACACCUUGGGUCAACGAGAUAUCGACCUCGCUGCGGCAGCUCAAGUCUGUGCACUUCCGGCGGAUGAUUGUUAGUGACCUGGAUCUAGAUGUUUUGGCUAAAUCGAGAGCAGAUGAUCUCGAGGCUUUGAAGCUCGAUAAGUGCUCUGGCUUCUCUACUGAUGGACUCUUGAGCAUCGUUAAACACUGCAGGAAAAUAAAAACGUUGUUAAUGGAAGAGAGUUCUCUAGUUGAAAAAGAUGGUAACUGGCUUCACGAGCUCGCUCUGCACAACACAUCUCUCGAGGUUCUAAACUUCUACAUGACGGAGUUUGCCAAAAUCAGCCCCAAAGACUUGGAAAGCAUAGCUAGAAACUGCCGCCGGUCUCUGGUCUCAGUGAAGGUCGGCGACUUCGAGAUUUUGGAGCUGGUUGGCUUCUUCAAAGCUGCAGCGAAUCUUGAAGAGUUUUGUGGUGGCUCCUUGAACGAAGAUAUUGGAAGACCUGAGAAGUACAUGAAUCUGAGCUUCCCUCCAAAGCUAUCUCGUCUGGGACUCUCUUACAUGGGACCUAACGAAAUGCCAAUACUAUUUCCCUUCGCUGCUCAAAUCCGGAAGCUUGAUUUGCUCUAUGCGUUGCUUGAAACUGAUGAUCAUUGUUCACUAAUCCAAAGAUGUCCCAAUUUAGAAGUUCUCGAGACGCGGAAUGUAAUCGGAGAUAGAGGGUUAGAGAUUCUCGCACAGUACUGUAAGCGGUUAAAGCGGCUGAGGAUCGAACGAGGAGCAGACGAACAAGGAAUGGAGGACGAAGAAGGCUUAGUCUCACAAAGAGGAUUGAUCGCGCUGGCUCAGGGCUGCCAGGAGCUUGAGUACAUGGCGGUGUACGUGUCAGACAUAACCAACGAAUCUCUCGAAAGCAUAGGCACGUAUCUGAAAAACCUCUGCGACUUCCGCCUCGUGUUACUCGACAGGGAAGAGAGAAUAACGGAUCUGCCGCUGGACAACGGAGUCCGAUCGCUCUUGAUCGGAUGCAAGAAGCUAAGACGGUUCGCGUUCUAUCUAAGGCAAGGAGGGUUAACGGACGUGGGGUUGAGCUACAUCGGGCAGUACAGUCCAAACGUGACGUGGAUGCUUCUCGGUUACGUUGGUGAGUCGGACGAAGGUCUAAUGGAGUUCUCGAGAGGUUGUCCGAAUCUGCAGAAGCUGGAGAUGAGAGGGUGUUGCUUCAGUGAACGAGCGAUCGCUGCGGCGGUGAUGAAACUGCCCUCGCUGAGGUAUCUUUGGGUGCAAGGCUAUAGAGCGUCGAUGACAGGGCAGGAUCUGAGGUUGAUGGCUAGACCGUACUGGAACAUAGAGCUGAUUCCGUCGAGGAAAGUGCCGGAAGUGAAUCAGCUUGGGGAAGUUAGAGAGAUGGAGCAUCCGGCUCAUAUAUUGGCUUACUAUUCUCUGGCUGGUCAGAGAACAGAUUGUCCACCAACUGUUAGAGUCUUGAGAGAGCCGUGA